AUGUGCAAAGAAUUUGAGGUCUUGAUGCAGAAUGAAUUUGAAAUGAGCAUGCUGGGAGAGCUAACCUUCUUCUUAGGUCUACAAGUCAAGCAAUCAUCAGAAGGCAUAUUUAUCAACCAAUCUAAAUAUGUUCAUGACCUCUUGAAGAAGUACAAGAUGCUCGAAUCCUCUCCCAUGAGGACCCCCAUGGCUCCAGGAAAGAAGCUUAAUAAGGACUUAAAUGGUCCACCUGUAGAGUGCAAGCUCUAUAGAGGAAUAAUAGGAUCUCUCUUAUAUUUAAUUGCUAGCAGGCCUGACAUCAUGUUUUCCACAUGUAUAUGUGCCAGGUAUCAGGCCAAUCCUAAAGAGUCACAUCUUAGUGCGGUUAAGCGGAUACUGCGUUAUCUAAAGAAGACACCAACACAUGGACUAUGGUACCCUCUGCAUUCAAACAUUGACCUAGUGGCGUACACGGAUUCAGAAUAUGGUGGAUGCCAAAUUGACAAAAAGAGCACCUCUGGGAGCUGCCAGUUUCUUGGAGGAAAACUAACCCAACUAUGUGACUACGGCUACUCUGUCAACAAAAUUCCCAUCCUCUGUGAUUCAAAGAGUGCAAUAGCUAUAUCAGCCAAUCCAAUUCAGCAUUCUAAAACAAAGCAUAUCGACAUAAGGAACAAUUUCCUUAAACAUCAUGUUGAAGAAGAUAAUGCAUUGAAGUUUAAGAAGGUGUGGAGAGUGAAAGAUGAAGAUAAAUCAUUGAAUCAACAGAAGCAUAAUAAUUUUGCUGAUUCUAUAUUAAAUAAUUCAGCAUUGAAUAAUACUGUGUAUAUUUUAAAUGACAGAGAGGACAGAGGUAAGUUCGCUGUGAAGGCUGAUGAAGCG